AUGAGUAUAUCUCCAUUGAAAUAUGAAUCCAAAAUAUUGAGCAACCUAGCUAAUAUGCUAAAAUUGAGCGAAAAGUCAGAUGAUGAAAUAUUAAGUGAAAUAAAUCAAGGUAAUGAAAAUAAAGUUUUUGAAAUUGAUGAUGAUGUUAAACAAGUGGUUGAUUUGAAUAAAAUUAAUUGCACAUGUGAAGAAUCAAAGAAAAAAAUAGAAGAGUGUGAUAAAAAGAAAUUUGUAUAUAAUUAUAAUAUUGAAACAUAUGGAGUAGAUUUUUUUCUUGAUAUUUGUAAUGCUUUGUCAAGAUCUAAUUAUAAACCUUAUUUAAGUGAAGAAGGGAAAAAAGAAAUAAUGAAUGGAUUAAGAGUAAGAAGAAAUUCAAAUUUAUAUAAAUAUGUUUCUUUUUUUUUAAGUAAAGAACGAAUGAAUAAAGAAAGAAUGGAUGACGGCAAAAAGGUAGAAAAUAUUUAUCAUUGUUUUAAAUGUUUAAAAAGUGUAUUACAUAUAUGUAUUGAUGAUGAAGAUAGUAAUAAUAAUAAUAAUAAUAAUAAUAAGAUGAAAACUGCAUUGUAUUUAAAAAAUAAUAAUAGUAUAACUGAACAAAUCGAAAAUAAAAUUGAGAAUGAUAUAUUAAAUGAACAAAACAGUAGUCUUGAAAAAGUAAAUCAUAGAAAAGGAGUUAUAUCUGUUUCAAAAUAUAAAUCAGAAUUAACUUCUAUUACUAGAAUGUCUAAUGAAAUAAUAAUGCAAACUAUAUUAGAACAUACCAAGGAUAUGGGUAUAAAAAAGGAUACAACCAAAAAUAUACAAUCAAGAAAUGAUAAUAAAAAUGAUCAUGGUGAUGAAGAUGAUCAUAGAACCAAUAACAUCAAUAGUAACAUGAAGAAUAGUAAUAAUAAUAAUAAUAAUAAUAAUAAUAAUAUUAUAAAAAAAAGCAAAACUUAUGAAAGCGUCAAAGUAAGAAAUAAUUAUUAUUAUAAUGAUGAUCAUGAUUAUGAUAAUCAUAUUUAUCAAACUGAAAAUGUUAUAGAUAAUAAUAAUACCGAACCCACAAAAAGAAAUAUUCCGAAAAGAACAGUUGUACAGAAAAAAUCCUAUGUACAGCGAAAAACAAACAUAACAAAUAAAAAGAGAAUUUCUCAAAAUAAACCGGUAACAAGGAAUUCAUAUAAAAAAAAUGAUAGAAUAAAUACUACAUGUGAUGUAAGAGCAAGCAAAAUUAAGGAUACUAUAUAUGAAAAGAAAAAGAAGAAGGUCAGAAGGAGUUUUGAAGUAAAUGCGAAUCGAAGAAAAAGGGGUGCAGGACAAAAGGGCGUAUUUUCUGAUGAAGAAGGAAUGAAAAUGGAUAACGAUAAUAAAAUUGAUGAUAACACAUUAAACAAUAACAAAAUUGAUGGUAAUAUAUUAGACAAUAACAAAAUUGAUGGUAAUAUAUUAGACAAUAACAAAAUUGAUGGUAAUAUAUUAGACAAUAACAAAAUUGAUGGUAAUAUAUCAGACAAUAACAAAAUUGAUGAUAAAACAUUAAACAAUAACAAAAUUGAUGAUAAAACAUCAGACAAUAACAAAAUUGAUGAUAUCAUAUCAGACCAUAACAAAAUUGAUGGUAAUACACCAAACAAUAACAAAAUUGAUGAUAACACAUCAAACAAUAACAAAAUUGAUGGUAAUACACCAAACAAUAACAAAAUUGAUGAUAACACUUUGAAAGAUAAUAUAACUAAUAACAUAUUGGAUGAUAAUGCUGUACCAAAGGAGGUAGAUAAUAAUUGUGAAAAUGAUAAAAAUGUACAUAAUAAAGAAAGCUGUAGAAAUGAUAUAUAUUCAUCCAUACAGAUAAGUAAUACGUAUAAUAAUACAAUGAUCAAUUCUACAUUUGUAGAAGAAAAAAAUAUAAUAAGUAAUAUUAUGGACAAUACAAAUAUAUAUCCAUAUAAUUUAUGCAAUGUAAAUAAUAUGGAAGAUCCUAAUUUGAGUAAUAACCCAGAAAAAGAAUAUAUUAAAGAAAAUCAUUUGUGUGAUUUACCAAAUGAUAUUAUAACUUCUAAUGGUGAAGAUAUAAAAAAUAAGGAGAUUUAUAAAAUGGAUCAUCCCAAUAAAGCUUUACUAUCAAAUAAUACAAAUGAGAAAGAUUAUGAUUAUAACGAAAGUGAUAACGCAUCUUAUUCUACAGAUGAUUCUAAAUAUGUAAAAUAUUUAAAGAAGAAAAAGAAAUUACAAGAACAAGGUAAAAUUAUUAUAGAUCUAAAUUUAUUUAAUGGAAAUUCUGUGAAAACAACAAAUAAACGUGAUAAAGAAGAAAAGUUACAAGAAAAAUUAAGAAUGAAACAAAUAAAGAAGCUUUUAGAUGAAAAACAAAUGGUUAUAUGUAAAAUUGAAGAUAUAGCUAAAAAGAGAAAUAAAAAAUAUGUAAAAGCACAAGUAUUAUCUAAAGAUUCUAAAAUUGAACGAGCCUAUUUUAGUCAUAAAAUGAAAAAAUUUUAUAAUUCCAAAUCUAGCUAUUUUGGUUGUGGAUGGUCAAGUAACAAAAAGGAAUGGACUCCAUUUAUUCAUGCACCUUUCUUUGAAAACCAACAUAACGCAAUUUAUAAAAAUAGAAAUAAAAAAUUGUAUGAAGAAAUAUAUGAUACAUUAUUACAUGGAAGAAUACAUCCUGACAUUAAAGUUGUUGAAUUAAAAGAUCAUAAACAUCCUAUUAGGUUGUGUACUCCGUAUAAUGAAGAUUGUUAUUCUGUUGUAUAUACAGGUAAAAAAAUAAAUGCAACUGAUGAUAGAGUUAUAUUUGGUGAGUACACAGGAUAUGUAGCUAAUAAUAAAGAAUUGUCACAAGAAAAACAUCAAUAUAUGUUUGCUUUAACAUUCAAUAAGAAAGUAUUUAAUGAUAGGAAACAUGUCGUUUUUAUUAAUGAAGUUGAGUUGGAUGAAGAGCAAAAUUAUUCUAGUCAUGUUGUAUCAAAUGUGAUGAAUAAAGUUAAGGCUCAUGAAAAAAAUAAUAUAAAUAAUACAAACAUUUAUAAUAGUCCGCACAUUUUGAAUGGUAAUAAUAAUAAUAAUAUAAAUAGUAAUACUACAGAGGAAACUAUGUCAAAUAGAAAGAUUGAUAAGAUUAAGCCCGUUUCGAAUGUAAUUAUCCCAGAUUAUAAUAACCUUAAUAGUUAUAUUAAUAAGUGUAAAACAAAUGAACAUAAUAAAAAGUCAAGAGAUAUAAAUAAUUUAAUAAUACUUCCUGAUAAUUAUACAUAUGCUGUAGAUUCAUCUUAUAUGUUUAAUGAAAUGUCUCUAGUAAAUCAUUAUAAAACAUGUAGUGUAUUUAACAACUUUGAUUUCAGAAUAAAUUCUGAAUGGCAAUUAGUAUACUUGGAUGGAUGGCCACAUAUUAUUCUAACAUCAAUUCCAGGUGUUGAAAUUAAUCCCGGUGAGGAAAUUUUUGCUGAUUUUGGUUUUGAAUGGUUUGAAAAAGUUAAUGAUAUAUGUUUAAAUGAAUUUAUUAAAAAUAACUAUUUUUAUAGAUUAUAUAAAUUAAAUACAUCGAGAGAAAUUCUUUUCAAUGGAAUGGAGGAUAUUGUGGAAAAAUAUAAUUUAUUAAAAAAUCAUAUUACUUGUAAUAUAUGUAUGCAUAAUGUUAAUACUGAUGGUAAUAAUUUCAUUUUAUGUUCAGGAUGUAAUCAUGUUUAUCAUUUAAAGUGUGUACAUAAAUUUAACACCGAAGUUAAUGAAAAUUAUGAAUGGUUCUGUUCUAGUUGUCUUCAAUUUUGUUUUAAUAUUAUAAAACAAAAGGAGUUUGUAGAUUAUAUAGAAAAGGAAAACCAAAAGAGGUUCAUUCAGCUUUUAGAUGAUUUAAAUGGGGAUAAUUUGGAUACUGUCAAUAAUGAAAAGAAAUCUGAUGCUCUGGAUAAAUUAAAUAAUUAUAAUUGUGUGGGUAAUAUAAAUAAUUCUAAUAGUAUUGAUAAUAUAGAUAAUAGGGAUGGUCUAGAUAACCCUAAUAACUCAAAUAUCUCUUAUGGCGUUAAAAACUCAAACAUUUCUUAUGAUGCUAAUAAUUCAAAUAUUUCAUAUGAUGCUAAUAAUUCAAACAUUUCUUAUGGAGUUAAUAAUUCAAACAUUUCUUAUGGCGCUGAUAAUUCAAACAUUUCUCAUAGCUUUAAUAAUUCAAACAUUUCUCAUAGCUUUAAUAAUUCAAACAUUUCUCAUAGCGCUAAUAAUUCAAACAUUUCUCAUAGCGCUAAUAACUCUAACAGCGAAGAUAAAACUAAUAAUUGUAACAUCGAAGAUAAAACUAAUAAUUGUAACAUCGAAGAUAAAACUAAUAAUUGUAACAGCGAAGAUAAAACUAAUAAUUGUAACAACGAAGAUAAAACUAAUAAUUGUAACAUCGAAGAUAAAACUAAUAAUUGUAACAAUUUAGAUAAGGAAGAUGACAUAAACGAUAUGAACAAAAUAAACAAAUCAAACCAAAUUAUAAUUAAAGAUGUCAAUGAUAAUAAUUUAUUUCCUGUUGAAAAUAAUGAUAAGCAGAAAUAUUUGGAAGUUUUAGAAAAUAUAAGAAAACUUCUACAGUGUAAAGAAAAUAUCGAUGAUUUAUUUAAAAAUAAAGAAUAUGUAAAUAGCUUUUUGCAAAAAAUAGAUGAUGAAAUGAAUAUGUUUGAAAAUAAAAGAAGCGAAGAUGAAUCUGUUAAACUUGAUGAUUUAAAACAUAUUUUUGAAAAUAGUUUUGAACUUCAUUUAUUAAUAGAUUAUAAGAAAAAAUUAGAAGAUUUAUUGGAAAGUACAGAAAAGGUGGAUUCAUUUUUGAAUGAUAAGAAUGUUUUGAAUACUAUGAAAAUAAGGAAAAGAACAUUAUCUUUUUUGAUGGAAAACAAAAAGUAUAUAGAUAAUUUUAUACAAAUGAAUGAAGAAAAAGAUUACGCAAAAAUUAAUGAGUGUGAAAAGAAGAAAGAAGAAGAUAUUAUUCAUAAUACAACAUGUAGAAAAGUAGAAAAACUAGAAGAUAGGAUUAUUCAAAAUAGCCAUAAUAAUCAAUUAGCAAAUCCUGAAUAUUGUAGUACAUUAAAAGGAGAAGAGGAUAAAUCCGUAAGUUUGAUAGAUAAUAAAUCAAUGUGUGAAAGGGUAGAUAAUCAUAGUAUUUGUAAUGAAGUAAAUUCAAGCAUAUCAAGUACGUACGAAAAAACAUUGUACAAUAAAUCUAAUAAUAUAAUUAGAAAUUUAAAGGAAAUGAAAAAGUAUGAAAGAGAAUGCCAAAAUAAUAACAGUUAUAGUAAUAUGUAUUGUAGCUAUAUGAUGAAAUUAAGUAAGAAAAUAUUAGGAUUUCCUUUAAUAAAAGACUUUUCUAAAGGCUUAAGUACACUUGAACCAUCUUUACCUUUAAAUGAUCAUUUAAAAAAAUUAUCGGUUUGUUCAAAUUGUUAUAGUAAACAUCAUGAUUUAGCAAAAGCAAUUAUUUGUAGAGUGACAAAAAUGCAUUUUGAAGCUAAUUAUAAUGAUUACUUAACUGACGAAGAUUUAUUUAAAACAUCCAGUGAAUUUAUCCAAUCAGUCAUAAGAGAAUUAGCUAAUACUGUAAAAGAGUACAGGAAAAAGGAAUUGAAUAGGGUAUAUUUGCAACAUGCAACAGAAAAUGAUAGUAUGAUACUAGAUAGAGUUAAUAAGGAUAUGAGCUUGGAAUUAAAUUAUAAUAAUGUUACACCAACUAGAACUAGUAUUCACAAUUGUAGUUGUACAAAAACGAAUAAGGAAUAUAAUGAAUCCUUUUAUAAAAUUGUGAGUCCUUCAUUUAAUAAUGACACUGUUGAAAAGAGUAAUAUUAUCAUACAAGAAAAUAACCAUAUUCGAAAUAAUGAAAUUUUACAAUUAGGUGAAGAAGAAGUGGGAAAUUACGAAUGUCAGAAUAAAGAAGUUAUUGGUUCUGAUACAAAAGAGCAUACAAAUGAAAGGAUAAACGAUCAAACAAGUGAGGAAAAAUGUCAUGAUGAUUUCUAUUCAAAGGAUAUGCAUAUAUUAUAUAAAAAUACCUUUUUACCAAGAGAAGAAAUAGAUAACUGUAGUAUAGAAAAAAUUAAUGAUGUUGAAGAGAAAAAAAUGACACACCAACAUGAAGAAAAUGACAUAUUAAAGGAUGUAAUAAAUGAUACAUUAAAUGAUAUGUCAAAUGAUGUUCCAAAUGAUAUGUCAAAUGAUGUUCCAAAUGGUAUGUCAAAUGAUGUUCCAAAUGGUAUGUCAAAUGAUGUUCCAAAUGAUAUAUCAAAUGAUGUUCCAAAUGAUAUAUCAAAUGAUGUGUCAAAUGAUGUUCCAAAUGAUGUGUCAAAUGAUAUAUCAAAUGAUGUGUCAAAUAAUGUUCCAAAUGAUGUGUCAAAUGAUGUGCCAAAUGAUGUGCCAAAUGAUGUGCCAAAUGAUGUGCCAAAUGAUGUUCCUAAUGAUACAUCGAUCACUAAUUUGUAUGAACAAAAAAAUGAUUUGAACAGCUAUGAGAAAUCUUGUAAAUUAAAUAAUUUUAUUCCCCUUAUAGGAGUAGAAUUAGGAAAGACGAAAUUCCAAAGAGAAUUUACAAAUGGUACUUUUGUUGGUAGAGUUACAGAACAAAUAAAGGACGAAAAUAAUAAUAAUUUUUUUGUUGUAACUUAUGAAGAUGGAGAUGUUGAAUGGAUAACUCCAUCCUUUUUAUUUCAAGAAAUUCUAAAACAAUCUACAAAUAAUACUACAUAUCCUUUAGCUAGUACUUUUAAAGAUAUAUUUUAUGAAGAUUUUAAAAAGGAUAUAAAACUAAACAACCAUUCUUAUGAAUUAAAAAUUGAAAAGAAAAAGCGAAAAAGUAUGUUUGAAUAUGUUCCUAAUAAUAAUGUAACCAAAAGACAAAGGCAUGCAUUCGAAGAAAAUGUAUUAAAAAAAAAAAAUACCCAUCAGGAAGUUAAUACAUCACAAAGAAGUUUGAGUAAAUUGAAAAAUGUAGUAUUUAAUGAUUCACUUAAAAAAACAAGAAAAAGAACUAUGUCUACAAGUUGA